UCUAUAGAGCAGAGUGGACGUAUACGUGAAUAUUUUAUAUGUUCAUUUACCACCACACCACAAAAAAACAAGAGAAUAAAAAUCUAAAAUUUAAAAAUAGUUUUUAUGUGAAAUUUUAAUGGUUUUAAAAAUUUUUGUGAAAAUUUGAAGAAGUGCAAGACCAUAACAUAAAAGUGAGAGAAAUAAAAAAAAAAACCAGCAAAAAAAAAUUAAGUGCGACACGCAAUCUUCUUCAGGCAUAAUUAAUUUUUAUAAAGAGUGAAAUGAUCGUUAAAGCCAGAUGAUUUCGUUGCCAUAAUUCCAUUAAGAAAGUGAAGAUUUUUUUAUUUAAGAAAAAAAAUUACACCAUUAACAACAUUUGCUUUGGAGAAAAACUGAAUGAAAACACAAAUAUUGUAGAUAACUAGGCAUCUUACCUAUUUUUAAAUAAAUAAACCAGUUUAUUUUUAUAUAUUUUUUUUUUUUAAAUAUUUUUGUUAAUUUUAAAUGUUUAAUAGAAAAUAAAAGAUUUAUGUGUUAACAAGUUAAUUGAAAUUUAAUUAAAAUCGGAAAGAAAAGUUUAUUUAAAUUAAAAUUUUUUUCUUAAUUAGCGUUUUACGGAUAAAUUGAAUUGAAGUAACAAAUAAUUUUUUGUUUUAUACAAAUUUAAAAUUAAAUUUUUGAAUAAUUUGGAAUAUAGAAAAGAUGGCAACUUUUAAGAAAACUCCUGAUUUAGAAGAUGAUCAAAAAUUUGCUUUAAUGAAGUUUAGACGUAGUGUUGCCGAUAUUUUGAGACCGGAACAUGAUGAUUAUUUUCUACUAAGAUGGUUAAGAGCAAGGAAAUGGAAUGCGGAAGCAGCUGAGAAAAUGUUAAGAGAUGCUCAUAAAAAUCGUAUUAUGUGGGAUGUUGAUAAUCUAGAGAAAUGGAAUAGACCACAAGUUCUUGUUGAUUAUUGUCCACAUGGAUUAACUGGUUUUGAUAAUGAAGGAUCACCAAUUGUUAUAAUUCCAUUUGCUGGAAUGGAUAUGUAUGGAAUGUUACAUUGUGUUACAAGAUUUGAUUUUAUGCGAUCCACCGUUCUUUAUUUAGAGCGUUAUAUGAAAGUUGCUUUUGAACAAAGUAAAAUUUAUGGACCACAAGCAAGACAAUUUGUUGUUAUUUUUGAUAUGGAACAUUUUAAUCUUAAACAAUAUGCAUGGAGGCCUGCAGCAGAACUUGUCCUAUUUCUAGUCAAAAAUUAUGAAUUAAAUUAUCCGGAAAUAUUGAAAAUCUGUUAUAUUAUAAAUGCUCCGAAAAUAUUCUCGGUAGCUUUUAAUUUUGUUAAGAAAUUCUUGGAUGAAAAUACUAUGAGUAAAAUUCAAAUACAUAAACAAGGUUCUGAAAAAUGGCAAAAAAAUUUAUUUAGUCACUGUGAUUCUUCACAAAUACCAAAAUAUUAUGGUGGUACAUUAACCGAUGAAGAUGGUGAUCCGAAAUGUAAAUCAAAGAUAUGUUGGGCUGGUAAAAUACCAAAAGAACUUUAUAAUAAACGUGAUGAUGAUGAACAAAAUGAUAAUGAAAAUUUUGUUGAUGCUACAAUUAAUAAAGGUGGAAAAAUUAAAUUGGAAUUUAUGACUGAAAAUGAAAAUGGUACAAUUUUAAGAUGGGAAUUUAGAACAUUUGAACAUGAUAUUAAAUUUGGAAUUCGUAGUAUUGAUAAUAAAACUCAAGAAAAAUUAGAUGAAGUUCCCUUGGGUAGGGUGUCAUCACAUGAAAUCGAUGAAAUUGGUUUUAUUAAUUGCCGUCCUAAUACAAAAUAUAUUGUUGUAUUCGAUAAUUCUUACAGCUACUUAAAAUCAAAAAAAAUAAGAUAUAAUGUAGAUUUAACAAGAGGUUUAGAAGAAAUCGAACAAAUAAGUGAAGAAAUGUUAACAACACAAUUAUAAAAAAAAUUAUGUGAUAUAAAAUUUAUUAAAAAAAACUUUCUUUAUUUCGUUUUUUAAUUGAGAAUUGUUAAUUU